AAAAAGCUGUCGCCAAAGCUUCUUACAAUUCAGUGGAAGCAGCAAGCCUGCAUAGAAACCGGAGAGCAGAUAUCCAAAACUUUUAUGCCCCUCAAACCUCUGGACGUGUUCGAUUCGGGGUCUGUGCAAAGUGAAAACAGUCGUUUCCUUGUGCUAGAACCAGUAGAGCAUGGAGAGGAAUUCGGACUAUUAGCAGACGGCCGAUUAACUCGAACUGGACGAGUGGAAAUAUCAUCAUUACAGCUUAACUGUCACUAUGCAAUAUAUGUGGCCCCCAACAAGCUUAAAUCCAAUGGCGCCGCUCCACAACAGCACAACGAUCAGCCUCCAAUUCUCAUCGGAUGCUUAUGCACUCCAGCCUGCUUUGAUGAUCAGUCAAUGCCAUGGGCCCCUCACUUCGGUUGUUCUGUCGAAGAAUCUGAUGCCUUGCUUCCUCCCACUAACCUGCGUUCUCAGCUAGUCUCGGAUACCUCCUUCGUUUACAACAUGUCGUGGCGUCCACCUGCAACCAUACGGCAGCAGCGGAGCCCUCGAUCUGACAGUAGUUCUGAGCCCAAUCCAUCUCACAUUUUUUACAGGUAG